AUGUCAAAGCUCCUCAGAAACUUCCUGAGGAAGAAAACUUUACAAAACGCAACUUAUGAAGAAACUUCUUACUCUGACAUGGAAGGUUCCGUUUAUGGUGCACUGCCGGUUGACUCUCCAAUGGCUUAUGAUGAACCUAUAAGAGAUUUUAAACUGGUUUUUGAAGGUGAAAAUAAAGAUACUUUUGUUCUUGUACCUGGUUUAUUACCCUAUGACACAAUUGAGAUUCCACUAUUUGGUGGAUUUACUAUUGCUGAUUACUGGGGAGAUGUGAAGGAACAAAUAGAGGACCCUUGUAUCACCAGUCCUAGCCCUUUUGGUUCUCUUCACGAUCGUGCUGUAGAACUAUAUUAUCAAAUUAAGGGUGGGCAAGUGGAUUAUGGUCUCGUUCAUUCCCAUCAGUUUUGUCAUGGGCAAUUAGGUGAAACAUAUGAAGGUUUGGUGCCGAAUUGGAGUCCCGACAAUCCUAUAGUCCUGAUCGGCAAAGGCUAUGGUGCAACAACCGCUCUUUAUCUUCAACAUCUUCUUUCUACUAAUUUUUUCGGACAACACACGGCCGGUUGA